AUUUUUUCAUCCUCCCUUUCAUUAUCUGUCACUAUUUCCCCUCUUUCUGCCAUCUCUUUAUCAGUACUUACAUUGCUUCAUUCCUCAGUAUCUCCACCCUAACGAUCCAACCCAACUUAUCUCCCUCCAUCCUCCCUCCCUUUCUUGCCACUCAUUCUGUCUCGCUAUUUCUCAGCCUUCCUCCCCCUUUUCAUCCCUCCUCUAUCUCUCUCUCGCUCCCUCUCUCCUUAGACUCCCGGUGUCUCUCACUCACGCGCCACAUCAACAGCUAACGUUCAGUCCGAGCUUUGCCGAGGAUGUUUACUUCAUGCUUUUAUCGUACGGUGGCCUAAUGAUGCUUAAUUGCUUCAUUUGCUUAACGAGCUGGGGAUCGGGGGCCAGUGCUGCACGACUCAAUCCAACCUGCCAGCCUCGUCCUGGAGCUGCAACAAAGAGAGAGAUCUGAGGGUGGCAAAGGCAAGAUUGGUAGACGUGGGACUAUUUUACUGAUGGAAAAGAGGAGUGGAUAAACGUAAGAAAAAGGCUGGUUUCAACAGUUGCAUCGCGUUUGUGUUUAAUAUGGGACAAUCCGCUUUGAAAGUUUUUCUAAGUAUGUAAGCUACAAGUUAGGUGGACCAUUGUUGACUUAGUGGAAGUUAGGAACAAGACAAAGGAGCCAGAGGAACGAGGAGUAAAGUGUGGGGAAUGGAACUUGGCGUGACUCUCUAAAAGUAGAAAAUAUUAGAAAAUAGGACAAGGGCUAAGUAGAAAGAAGAGGCUUCAAUCAAGUGGAGUCUAAAUAAAAGUCAUGGAGCUAUUGGAAGUGUUCUACCGCAGGAAGCUAAGGAAGAAGCAAAAGAAAACAGAGCUGGGACGGUCUGAAGGAGCUCUGUGUCGGUCACCGUCUGAGGCCAGCGUCAACAGCCUGGCAACCGGCCUCAUCUCCAAAGUCCUCAGGUUCACCUCCAGACGAAGUGAGCCGGCGUCUCGUCCUCAUUCGUGGCAUUCGACGAAGCUCGGUGAUGGUCAGCAGGAGCAGGACCCGGGAGCGAUGGACACCUUGAGCAGCUCCUGGCACCACAACUACCAUGCAAGUGCCUCAACCACCGACCUGUCCGGUGGGUUUGACUCUGGCGGGGGCUACCUGAGGAAAAGUCCUGACCAGUACAGCUCUAGGGGCAGCAUGGAGAGCCUGGACCAUCCCCAGUCCUCCCAUCUCCACUCCGGAGCCCAGCACCAGCUCACACUGGGCCACCAUGGCCACGGUGGAUCCUACCCAGCCUAUUCCUCUUGCCAUCAGCUGUCCUCUGCCAGGUCCUCCAACAGCAUUGACCACCUGCACAGCAAGCGGGACUCUGCCUACUCCUCCUUUUCCACCAACUCCAGUAUCCCAGAGUACCUUGCUUCCACCCCUUCAUUUAGCCCUGAGCGUUCCUAUUCUCUGGAGACUGUCUCUCAGAGAGGAGGAGGAAGUGGAGAUAUGCAGCAGGCUGACAUGCGUUAUGUCCGGACAGUUUAUGACGGCCAGCAGGGCCACUCUCAAGAACAUGAGCUGAGCUCCACGUCUGCCGCUCUGCUCCGCAACAGUGACCCCAGCGGCGGGGCGAGGCUUGGGUUAAACCGAGAUCUCCAAGGUUCAGUGGGCGGGGUCUGUUACCGUGGUAGCAGCAGUGGCAGCAGCAACAGUAGUGGCAGCAGCAGCAGCAGCAUACCACCUUCAAACAGACACAGUGUGGGGCUGAUAUGGGGCCCAGCAGCCAGCCGCAGCUCCUACGAGAACCUGAAGGGGGCACCUGCCCCUCCGAGGCGCAGUGACAGUUACGCCGCCAUCAGGAGCCACGAGAGACCAAACUCAUGGUCCAGUCUGGAGAAUGCUCGCUCACUAAGGUCUCUGCAGAAAGGUUCCAGGCAUCACUCCAGUGGCCCUGUCUCAUCAGGUACAGCUAAAGGCUCAUAUGGCUUAGAGGGUCAGUUGCACACAGUAAUAGAGAAGAGUCCAGAGAGCAGUCCCACCACAAAACCCAGACAGGGUGGAGGCUAUCCUCAGCCCCCUUCGCCUUCUAGACCCUCCUCUGGACCUCCAGGCCCCACCUCCCUGCCUAGUCGGCUCAUUCUUCCCACAGGCAUGUACCCUGUUCCCCAGCCUGAGCCCCACUAUGCACAGAUGCCCAGCUCCAGCUCUGGCCCAGGUUCCUCUGGAGUCUACCCCGCCCUGGCUAAGGAGAGCAGCCGACAGCAGUAUGUCAGCAGAAGGGAUGAAAGGGCGACAGAGGGACAGAGGGAUGGAAGGAUGUCAGCUACUGAAAAUGGAUACCAAAAUAACACUUCACCGUACCUCCACCCGUCUUAUUCCACAUCUGGCUCUACGCAGCUCAGAACCCCAGCACACGAAACUGACAGGCACCAACAGGAGUGUGGAAGCUACAGUAGACCACACAUAAAAACUACUGGAGGGGGUUCAGAGGGCCAGGUAGGGGCCCAAAGACAACAAAACCACCAGGAACUAUGUGGUCAGAGCUUCCAAGGGUCCCAUAUUCAUACAAGCCAAGGACCCCACAGCCAUGAGCACCAGGAACCUCAUCAGGAUUUACACCUUCUCCACAUCCACUCGGCCCCUGACCUAUCCUCACAAGGAAGAAGUGACCCAUACUCAACAGUCCAGUCCAGGGGAGAGAGGAGCAGAUCAGUGGACCAGACCAGCCUUCAUUCAGAGCCAUUCACCUCUUCUAGGCAGGCCCAAGGACAGGUGCCAUCUAGCCACGCACCUGUUCAGCCUUAUGCUCCAGCCACCUCCACCUCACAACCUUCACCCCGUCACCUCAGUGAUUCAGCAGUUCUCCACUACCAGGACUUGAACCACAGAGAACAGGACAAAGACAAAGAACACCCACUGACUCGCCUGGAGAACGCCCUUGCCGAGGUCCAGCGAUGCGCCAGCCCUGACAGUGCUGUCCCAGGUAGUAGCCAUGGCAACAGUGGCACUAAUGAUGGCACCCAAGGGCCUUCCCGAAGCCUCUCUGUUUUGGAGAAAGUCAAUCGUUUCGAGCGUCGAGAUGGUGCCGGGAAGCAGCGCAGUCACAGCAGCACUUUACACAACAAAGCCAACCAUCUACGGAUGACUGACAAAGGCCGCAGCACCCCUUGUGGAACUGAAGACCUCAGAAACAUGCUGGAGAGAAGCUCCAAGGGCAUCAAACCUCAAAGAACUAUGAGUUACAGAGGCGGCUUCAGUGACCUCAUAAAAUACAGGGUCCCAGCAGAUCCAGCGUCAGCCCUCCAGAGGAGCCUCAGCAGUUUCCAAGUGGAUGGAUCGAAGAAAGGAGAUAGCGGGAAGGAGAUUACCUGGAGACAGGAUGUCCAAGAGAUGCUGGGCCCCAUACAGGACACAACCUCCAAUAGAUCUUACAGGGACUCCUUGAAAGAUGCUCAGUCUAAGGUCCUGCGGUCCACCUCUUUCAGACGGAGAGACCUCAGUUCCUCAACCAGCUCUGCGUCUCCUACUGUGUCCCCCUCCACUAGUCUUCAGUAUCCACCUGUUCCUGCCAAGUACCACUCCCUGGAGAAGAAAGGUCCCAAAACUAUGCCCAAACCACAAGGUAUAGUCAUCACUCCACAGUCACAACCAGGGGUCACCUCCCGUCACACCCCAAAGGAGAGGCACGUGAUCAGCCCUGAUGUUCGAGGCCCGAGCCCACCAGCGCUCCCCAGCAUCCCACCAGUAGGAGCUCCUGCUGUGGUGCGUAUCUGUGGCCGUAAGCGUCUGACAGCUGAACAGAAGAUGCGCUCGUACUCGGAGCCUGAGAACUUGAAUGAAGUUGGGAUUUCCGAUCCAGAGACUGCUGCCCUCUUCCGACGUGGAGGAGAAACCAGUGUGGCCGACCGGCGGAAGAUGUUUGAACGCGCGGCAAGUCGUGUUGGAGGCGGAGCUCCACAGCCCGCCACGUCGAGGCCCGAUCUACGCCAAUUCCAGCAAGACGCUCUGGUCGAAUAUGUGGAGAGGAAGAGAAAUGUGAAGAGAGACGAGGGAGGACAGAAGGCCAUGUCGAGGCCUCACAGUGCUUAUCUACAACCUGAAAACUACAACAGUGCAGUCUCCUCGUGUUACUCAGACACCCUCAGCCUCUCCUCCACCUCCAGCCUUCUCUCCCUUCAGGACUGUGGCCCAGAUCGAAGCUUCUCCGCUGGGGAGAUGCGCCACUGUUCAACUCUCCCUCCUGGAGCAGACCUGCGGAGCCUCCAGUCUAACCUCUUCUACCCAGGCAGGGUGACCACACCAAGGCCUCCAGCGCAACCACUACCCAGCACUCCUCCUGGCUCCGCAUCUGAACCUCGGGGCCACAUCCCCCAUGAUCACGCCUCUGAAGCAGGAAUCAGCGGACACUCUUUUGGCAGAGACACAAGCCAGGGCCAUGAGCAGCAGGCUGCAGAGGCUCAAGUCAACAUGGGACUGUCUAACAAGCUGAACUGGGCUCUGGAGAGGGCCGGGUCAGGUCGGAGCUCUGGGAAGUCCGCCUCAGCUGAGGAUCUCCUGGAGAGACUGGAGGAGAGAAAAACCUCUCCUCAGCACUGCCGCUCCCGCUCCUCGCCCACCAAGAGUCUGAACCAGGACUUCCCUCAAGAUGAUGUCAAGAUGUUUGGCGUCUUCAUCUCUGAAUCUGGACACUACGCUCUGGCUGCUGACAGACCGGCACACAUCUAUGGUUCAGAGAGCGUUGCCUCUCCUCAGCCAUCCCAAAAUAGUGUGAACACCUUCCAGUCUGCAGGAGCUGCUCAAUACCCAGUCUCCUCCCACACUCCCGUCGCCCGUAGGGAGCGACAGAGGAACGCCGACCGCCAGCGUGCCCACAGCACCUCCACCUUGGCGGCCUCUGUUGGCUUACCUUGCCCCUUCUCCCCUGCUGGGACUCGAGACGUAAGCACCACUGAGUGGCAAGCCGGUGAGAGGCUGAGCCAGGCCAACCUUGAUGCCAUCACCUUCCCAAGCAUCCCGCAAACCAGUGCCAGUGAUGCUGAGAGUGAAGGCGCUGCUGUUCCCAGUGAAACCCUGGUUGCAGCCUCACCCAACCAAAGGAACAGCAGGAGUAGCAUAUCUCCUCCAUCAUCCUCGCAUUCAUCCGUCCACCAGUACCUGCCCUCGCCACGAAUCUCUGAGUCUAGCCAGCAGCAACCACUAGAAACGUUCACGGGUGCAUCACAGGAGGACUUUUACAGGGACUUUUCCUCUCCUCUUCCUCCUCCUCCUCCACCUCCCCCUCUACCUAUCAAAGAGACAAUCAUCAUGGAGGACUUACCUCUUCCUCCUCCUCCACCAGAGCUGGAGCAGGAAGCUGAGCAGCAGACAGUGGAAAGCCUCCCCUCUCCCACAAAACCACAGUCCUCCACCAUCACGCCCAUCACCACACCUACUACAAAUGAGGCCCAUCUAGGUCUUGAGUACCAGCCACUGCCCAAGAGGGAAAAGACAUCCGAGGAGUGCAGAGUAGAGGCACUGGCUCGGCAAAUGGUGCUGAAAGACCCGUCUCUGGUGUCCCUCUUGGACACAUGGGGCAGUAAGUCUGCCGUACAGCUAAUGGAGGAGAUCUUUCCAAACAACAGACAACACAGAGACAGUAACGGAUCGGAUGACAGAAUCCAAGACGGCGUUUGCGAUCCUGCUCAGAGUGUAGCAACAGAUCUACGGACGGAGACCGAUCUGGAUGAGGAAGAGACAGACCUCAACACCAGAAAGGUGGAGCUGUGUGAAGCUCUGAGGAACAGCAAGGCAGCUUUACAACGGGAGAAGGAUGAACUGCGUGAAGAGCAGAAGCAUCACCAGGCGCUGGGGGCCGGCAUAGAGACACUGGUGCAGGAAUGCCUUAAACCCAACGAGAGAGACAAGUACAGCAUGUUCAUUGGAGAUCUAGAGAAGAUUGUGAACCUGCUGCUGUCUCUGUGCAGCCGGCUGGCGAGGAUCGACAGAGCUCUGCUCGUCCUGGAGACAGACCAGCUGUCACCGGAGGAUGCAGCAGAGGAAAGGGACUCCCUUCAUCACAAACGCUCCCUGCUCCUCCGUCAAACUGAAGAUGCCCAGGAACUGAAGGAGAACUUGGACCGUCGUCAGCGUGUGGUCCACGGCAUCCUGUCGGGCUACCUCACAGAACCACAGCUCCAAGAUUACCGCCUCUUUGUGAGCGCUAAACCCUCCCUUUUAAUUCGCCAGCGGCACCUGGAUGACCUCAUCCGGCAGGCGCAGGAUCAGCUGACUCGGCUGGCGGAGAGCCUGCCGCCAGAGCUGGCAAAGGCUCACGGUUUGUCGACGCCUUGUCAGUUCUCUAACCCCGCGCCCUGCUCUUCUUCGUUUUCACCGCUGCUUCCACCUUCUGUGAUUCCGGGCCCUGCUCACGCAGUCAGGCCCACCACUGUGACGUCACUGUGAUGUCAUGGGCAGGCCGCUGCUACAGGUGACAAUGAAAGACAUGGAGAACUCAGAAAAACUCAAGUUAUGUUCUACCGGAGAGUUAUAUGAAGGAGGAACGGGCCUGAAACAGGCUCUGCACACACUGAACCAACUAUGCAGACUUCAGGCAUGAAGAAUAAAACUCCACAUGUGCCUCAUUUUGUUGCAUUAGACCUCAACACCAGCAACCAACUCUGUGUGGACUAAAGCCAACUGCUGCCAGCUAAUUAUUCUGAUUAUACUCUGCUCUGGACAAUUGUAUUAACUGCCACCAAGCGUUUUUAGCGUUUCCAAGAAAGUUUAUAUUUGAAUGCUUCAGUGGACAUAUGCAGUGUCACAAGUCAUUUUCUGUAUUUUUUGCAACUCUCAAACACACUGGAACUGUUCUUUAACAACACUGAAGAUGCUUUCGGGAACCUCAGACAUUCACCAUUCCUCCAGGAAGUCUUUAUAUGUCAUGGUUAGAUGAAGUGAGAAGACGCAAUGUCUCCCAAAGAGAAAAUACCAUCAUCUGUAGAGUUUCCUGAUGUUGUCCACCUUUUCGGAAACUUUCACAAAGCCUGCUCAGCACUCGCACAUGUACAGUCAAUUUGCAUGAAUCAAUUAACAGCAAAAAUGGAGGGACUAAAGGUUCUUUUUUCACCGUAAACACUAAAAGCACAGGAUCCUAAUGGGGGCAAACUGCUUCUAGAAAAACUGUAAUUAUCACUGUCAUGUCAUACUGUAACACGACUACUGCCAUUAUUAUAUGUAUGCCUGGAGCUUGUAGCACUUUGUAGCAGUCUGACUGUCGUUAGCAGCAGGCUUUACACUGAAUGAUGAGAACUUUGUUUUCCACUUUUGCCUCUUUAAAAGCUUCCUGUGAAGAAACAUUUGACGCCUAAAAACUAAAUGUUCCAGAUCCAAAGAUGUUCACUGGAUGAAAAGUUUGCCGCCGUUAACUUGGUUUAGUUUAAUGUUUUUUUUUUUCUAUGACACUUUUUGUUUUGCAUUCAACUGGGGACGCAACUGCAAAACGUACUUUUAUAUCUGAUUAUUCUUUUCUUUUUAUUUUUUUAAUAAUUAUCUGGUCAGACGUUAACUACAACACGUGAAAAAUUCAUCAAACCCAAAGAUAUUUAAGGUAGAAUGAAGCAAUUUUUUUUACACAUAAGAGGCUGGAGUUAGAACGGUUUCAAAUUUAGAAAUAAUUCAAACAAUUAAUCAGGCAUCAUAUUUGCAGAUAGGCAUGUCAAACGUUUCGUUUGCACUCAUUUGUUCCUUGUUCCAGCAUACCUACAGUACAACUCCCAGAUAACUAGAAGCCUCUCUUGAUUUUUUUUUUUUUUUUAUCAUUGCACCUUUUAAAUUGAUUUUAAAUCCUAAUUCUUUUGUAAAUGUGUCAAAUAAACUAUAUUAAGUUUUGUACCCAGUUGAGAAUAUUGACCAGGUUUCCUUGAUUUCCAGUUUAAACUACCAGCUAAGAAUGAUGAAUUGGAGUUGACGAAAAGUGUUCUUAUUAUAUUUAUUUCUGGAAAAAUAAUAUAAAAUUUUUCAGAUUUUUUGUUAAAGUUGCGUAAAGUUGCGAUUCCUGUGAUGACUUGAGGAGGUGAAGCCUAAAACACGUUUGGUGUGCUGCAGUCAUUUAGUAUACUGGUAAUUUUAAUUGCACAUCAAUAAAAUAGACUGACUUGAAAGAAAUAUGGAAAAAAAUAUAUGAAAUUGAUUCAGCAGGGGACAAAAACUGCUAUUGUCGAAUCAUACAUUUCCCAUGAUGCAAUCACUUUUUACACAUUCUUUGCCUGGUAACCACCUAAUGUCAGAACAGAAAAAAACUUUCAGAAAGACAUAGUACAGCUUUUCACAUGCUACCAGAGGCCUACCAGUCGUCAUUUAAGGAAUUAGUGUCACUGACAACAGUGUCUCUUAUCAGUGUUUCAUAUCUGAUCUCAGGCAAGUAAACAUGAAGUACAUGUGAAAACAAAAGAAACCCCUUACUUGUAGAGAAGACGUCAACAUUACAAUAACAGCACUAAGUGAGAUACACAUUUAACAUAUUAGCCAUGCACAUGUGCAUGGCUUAAUUUCAUGCAUGAAAUAUCAUUUUUCAUUAUCACAAUUUUUUAUUUUUUUUGGCACUUUCACCUUGUUUUGAUAAUACACUGUUCUCUUUGGGCUCCUGUAGGCAUUCUGUUAGCUAGUGAAGGAUCUGGUGCCAUUUGGCUUGCCUGCAGUUCAGAUGAUCCGGACUCCAAAUAGUCAGAAUGCAACUGUCAAUUAACAACAUCGACAGUAGUGACAGGUGAAGGGUUUUCACUCCAGAUGGUUUCAUUCUACACCUACAUGUUUCGGUUGAAGAGCGCCUUCUAAAUAUUCUCAGUUUGUCAUAUUCUUCAAACAGUACAGCACCCGAUCUUCCAUACGGUGUCAUUAAUAACCCCUACUCCACUGGUGUUCCUUGUUUCUUUCAUUCUUGUUAUUUUUCAGAGGCACAACAGAAUAUGUCAAGACACUUUUUUUUUGGUUUAUUGUUGAAUGAAAUUCAGUGUUCAUUUCAUGAAAGCACCAAGAACAAUUAGGACAACUAUUUCUGAUUUUUUGUUUUGCAAAAUAAAUGUAUUUUGUAAAUAC